UCCACCUCCUAUUUGCCGUCUCCUUUCCUCUGGGGUGUCCUUUGCUGAUUUUGUAAACAUCUUAGGAGAGUUUCUUUCUUUCUUUUUUAACCUCUCCCACAAAAUGAUCUCAUUAAUGUCAGCCUCGCUAUCAUUUCUAUUUGCCUUGACUAAUUCGUUUUUCUUUCUCUUUGUCCGUUUAAUUGAACCUUUAAAAAAAACAUAAUUAGCAUUUAAAUCUCUUUCCUACAGUCUUUUGCCCUCCCCUACAUGGUUUUCUCUCCCGUCUCUUACUCCAGCAGACUCUACAUGCCUCAGUCACUACGGCAACCAAUGCUUUUUUUUUUUUCUUUCCCCCACUCUUGCUUUCUGUAUCUCCCGCCUUUCCCUCUGUCUCCUUCUCUCAUUCCCUCCUUUCACUGCCAGAGGUAAGCCUGAUAACUGAUAUGUGUCGGGGAGCUGGUGUGCGUGUUUGUGUGUCUCCGUGACAUUUCUUUGGCAUUUAGGCAGCAGUCGCUGAUAAGAAGUUGCGUCUCUCGGCUCAAAAGUGCCGCACUAAGUACGGGGUCCGUGCGUAAUGCUUCUAAUGAUGAUUAAUUUUUCUGAGCUCAGGUGUGUGCCCUGUAAUGACAAUAAAUCAGACAGUGUUUACUUCUGGAUGCUUUUGCAAGCAGGCGUGGAUUCUGCACAAAGCUGCGCGGCGCUCUGGAGUGUGUGUUUAUGUGCUCCUCUUUUUGAAGAAGUGUCAGCAUUGGCUUAGUGCUGGCAUGUGUGUUUACAUGGUUAUUAUCUGACAAAGUGGAUUAAGAAAAAGAAAUCAGGACACUCCCCCUUCCUCUCCUUCCCUCUUUGCCCUCCUGUCUUAUCUUGCAUAGAUGAUCGGAGAAGAAGAGUCUCAGUGAACAGAGCAAAGCGAUGGAGAGAUGCUCCAUCUCUCCUGUCACACGACUCGCUGCUCUCAUCUCUCUCCUCCUGGUUGCUCUGGUGACACAGCCCUCCACCUGUAACCGUGACGACAGCGAAGUUGAGGAGCAGGUGGACACUCUGUCAGUCCAGCUGUCCGUGACAGCCCAGGUCACUACCACCCCGCCGUGGGCAGUGGUGUGGGGUCCCACUCAGCCUCUGGAGGAUGAAACCAACCACUUCCUCCCCAGCCAGGAAACCGACUACCUCCACCUGCAUGGGAGCCAGCAGGAGGUCAGCACCGCCACACCUGAGGACUGGAUUUACCCUGAUUUAGGCAUGCACCCCCAAGAGAAGGCACCGCUGGAGUCUAGGGACCACGAGGAGGCGGAGAAUGGAGGGACAGAGGCGGAGGAGACGGAGCCUGAGGAAGUGGACCCUCAGUUCUACGUCACCGUGACCAUCUCGUCGCUACUCAUCCUGACAGCUGUUGUCAUUACAGCCAAACUCUGUUAUGAUCGCAGCUGUUCCCAGCAUCCGCCCCCGCUUUCCCGUGGCGUGGCCCCUCCUCUCUCCCUCGCGCUCCCUCGAUCCCUCGCUCCGGAGGACAGAAGGCAGACGCUGCACAGCACCUCCUCCUCCCUCACCGACAGAGAGAGGAUCCCAGUAGUGAACCUGUGAAGCGACUGUUUUCCGAGCGCUAAACACUUCUACGGAGCCCGAGGAGGAACGUCAAUAUCACCGGAGGGUGUGCCUGCAGCUCUGCUUUAUUUUUUUCUCUCAAACUGUGAAAGAAGUUCAGGGAUCCCAAGCGUCCGCCAUUGAAAAAAAAAACUCUGUGGCUUCCCUGACGUCUAUAAAAUCCCAAACUCGUCUCUCUGCUGCUCACCUUUGGGACCCUUCCUCUUGCAGGAGUAAAUUUCUUUCAUGUGCAUCACUGUGACCCCCUUUCUAGUUGUCCUCCCUGUGUAAGGCCUCCAGCGCUGCCGUGCUGCGACCUGCCAUGACUAAUUUACAAAGAAGCAGCUAAACAGCCAUGUGAAAUCCCAUUACCCCAGAGAUGCCAUACCUGUGCUUCCACAAGUAGCAAAUCAGUAGCUCAGUAAUAACACCAAUUUUCUUUUUUCUUUCAAAUAAAAAUAAUUCAGGCCAACACUUAAGGAGGCUUGUAAGGGUUAAAAAGCCAUUUUGGGCGUCCCUAAGCACCAAACCCAGUAUUUCAAAAAGCUGUUUGGCACGGCUGCAGCCAGCACACAAUGUGUUUAACAUGUCACGCUCCAAAAAACGCUGUUUAUUCCCGCUUUGGGCGCCUGAAAUGCAAAUGGUGUGGCUCCCUUCCCCUGCAGAUGUACAGGACUCUGCUUUGUUUCAGCUUUGUCUCAUGAUUUGUUCUCUUAAUUACGUGGUUGGCGUUCACCCCCCCUCUUUGUCAAAGCCUUCCCCAGAACGCCUCGUUCCUGCCGGACCGCUUAGAGGUGUGUUAAACAUGGAGCCCUUCUAGCAGUGGAGAUAAAAUAUUCAGAGCAUGGAUGUCUAAAGCAACCUCUCUCUGCUCAAAAUCAAUUUCUCCCUUAGGUGUGGAUGGUACGUAACAAAAGACAGAUUAAUGUUGUCAUGGAAAUGAGAAUCACUGGAAACCCACGUGUGACCAAGGGACUGAUGUUGCAACGUCUUUUUUUUUUAAACCUGACAGGUUUGUGUCUAAAUCUGGGAAACAGAAUCAUUUUCUUUGGUCUUGAGGCACUAAAGGAAAAAAAUACAUCAAGAAGCAGCAUGUCUGUACAGCCAAUGAAUCUGCUGCAUGCACAAGAAAACCCAGGAGACUUGCUUCAAAUUGAUUAUUUAUAAAAAUGUUUUUUCUUUUCUGCCAGUAAAUGUGUUACAGAGCCUUUCAAACCAAAUAACAGCUUGUUUUUGGCAACUUUGAGACAUGAACCCCCUUCAGUUUCACACUUUUCACACUGGAGACGUUGUGCUGGUGGUAUCAUGGUAGCUCGUGCAAUUCCUUUAGAUUUCCCGUCUUGUGACUUAUAGUAACAUUUGAGUAGAAAUGUGGUCUUUCUGUACCAUGGAACUUCAAUAAAAGACUCAACAUUGGCAUUUUA